GUGUUCAUCAUGCUGGGGCAAGUUUCGUUCGACACCUUCCUCAUCAGCUCCAGCGUCUGGCAGUUUACGCUGAUACUGCAGGUCGUGUGGGUGAUUCUCCUGAACCUCCUCUACAUGAACGUCAUCAUCGCCAUUAUCUCCGACGAGAUCGAAAAGUGCAUGAAGAUCGCUUCCACCCUGUGGAUUUUCCCUUUUGCAUGUGAGGUCCUGCGAUAUGAGUCGAUGUUAAAGGAAAACUGGUUGCGCAAGAAGAUCAAGAGGGAAAACUCUUCGCGCAAGAAGAUCAAGAGUGAAAACUGGUUGCAAAAAUGGUUGCACAAGACGAUCAAGUGUUGUACGUGCUGCAUGCCAGGGUCCCGUGGGCGAGCAGAGGAGGAGGACUCGAUUGAGACUGACGAUAGGGUUAUUGAGAAGAGUGAGAGCGAAAAGCGAAGGGAUUACUACAAGAAGCUCUUUGACAAUGUCGACAACUUCGAGUGUAACGCGGUGGCCAGAUGUAAGGAUUACACCAAGAAGAUUCAGGUCAUCAUGAACUCUAAAAGGAGGAAAAGGUGAUACCGUGCCGUGGACUACGACUGUGUCGAGAUGUACUGGAUCAUACACGUUCUACAUCUUAAACUCAUGCUGGAUUUUCGAUUGAUAUUACUAACAGUAACUGGGAUCCUACAAGCGACAUGCCUUGUUGUGAUGCCUUGUUGUGUUGGUUUUGUGCUCUCGGCUUGUAAUUUUUUCUUGUUUUCUGAAUUUCUGAAUUAUGC